AUGGGGGCACCCAACGGUACCGCAAACGGAGCGCCUCCCCAGCUACCGUUCGUUGAUCUUCGAUUUGACAAUAAGAAUGUGGAUGAUUCCGCUCGCGCCUUGGUCUACAGGAUACAGCCCAAAUGGAGGGAUGCUCCCGGCGAGCUGGAGAUUGUCAGGUUCACCGACGGCAUCACAAACACGUUACUCAAGAUAGCCAAACAUCUUCCAGGACAGUCCCAAGCCGAAAUCGAUCGAGACUCCAUUCUCCUCCGUGCCUAUGGCAAUCACACCGAGAUCCUCAUUGACCGAGAUCGAGAAGCGCAAUCCCAUGCGCUGGCGGCAGAGCGAGGACUGGCUCCUCCUCUGCUGGCAAGAUUCAAGAACGGCCUUCUGUACCGAUACAUCGUCGGCCAAGUCUGCACUCCCCGGGAUCUCAUCUCAGAGCCCGUAUGGCGAGCGGUUGCAAAACGUCUGGGGGAGUGGCAUGCGCUGUUACCCGUGGACUCGGUGGCCCAGUCCAACGGUGUCGAUAGUACCAACGGGGCUGCUCAUGACUCUCGCCCGUCUGGUGUCGAUACUGCAGACGGCCAUUCCGUGCAUAAUGUCUGGUCAGUAAUGCAGAAAUGGAUCGAAGCGCUUCCCCGCGACACCCCCAAACAGAAGGCCCGGCAAGAACUCCUGCAGAAAGAGCUAGACCGAUCGAUCGAAGACCUCAAUAAAGGCCGAGGGCCGGGAUCUCACGGGCUGGUCUUUGGACAUUGCGACUUGUUAAGUGCAAAUGUUAUAAUGCUCCCCCAGGAUUCCGCCAGUAGUAAGCUGGACGGCGGAAUCGAGGUCGCAUUUAUCGACUAUGAAUAUGCCACACCAUGCCCUGCGGCCUUCGACAUUGCCAAUCAUUUUGCGGAAUGGGGUGGCUAUGAUUGUGACUACAACAUGUUGCCCACCAAGUCUGUACGCCGCGCAUUCCUUCAAGACUACCUCGAGUCGUACAAAGCCCACAGCGACAACCCUGUAUCUGACGAUAUGCUUGACGUAUUACAUGACGAAGUGGACCGAUACCGUGGGAUGCCCGGACUGUUCUGGGGCAUUUGGGCUCUGAUCCAGGCCGUCAUCUCUCAGAUCGAUUUCGAUUAUGCCUCGUAUGCGGAGGUGCGUCUCGGGGAAUACUUUGCGUGGAGGGCAGAACAGAACGGCACCCGAGUCAAAGAAGGCACCGAAAUACCUCUCCGUGAAAGACGAUGGGCGGAAACCUAG